UUUCAAAUUAUUUGCAAUGGUUAAAAUAAAGAUAAUAGUCUAAAUUGUGUAUAAGAUAAAAGUUCGGGAGACAAAAAUUAUGGUAAACAGGCAGGAAUCAUUGUUUGCUGCUGUUACAUUUUUUGCUAAGACGCAUCCUGGGGAAGUGUGUGGCAGCAAUGGUCUGCCUUUGACACCAAACUCUAUAGCAAUAUUGGGCAGAUCACAAAGGUUAAAGGAAAUUAAACAUCCAAAUUUAUGCCAAUAUUUGGAUGUAAUUAGAGGCAAACAUGAAAGAACUAUAGUGGUGUCAGAAUAUGGUGGAUGUACUUUGCAAGACAAAGCCAAAGAACCAUUGGGCACAAAUGAGGUGCUGCGUAUAUUUUAUCAAAUAUCACUUGCUUUAAAUCAAUUGCACCAAUUCAAAAUUGUGGUUCACAAUUUAGAACCCAGGCAUAUUUUAUUGGAUUCAUCGAAUAAUGUUAAACUCUUCAAUUAUGGGCUUUACUAUUUAACGAACGGAGGUGAUUAUGUGCCCUUUCCUAUUGGUAAUAUAAAGUAUAUGCCACCGGAACGGUUGAUGGGCUCGAAAAAUAAUAUAAAAAGUGAUGUUUGGUCUUUGGGUGUAAUUAUAGCGGAGCUGUUGCUGCAAUGUACUUUUUGGCCAAAUCUAAAAAUAUCCAAUAUCUCGAGAAAAAUUCUAUCAUUUUGCCAGGCACCCAAUGUUUUUGAGAAAAUUGCGCGGGAACAUAAUCGAUUAGAAUUAUAUCAAAAUCUGAGCGAAGAUUUAUGCUCUAUGAUUGAAAGCUGUCUGGCAGUUAGACCUACCGAAAGACCUCUACCGUCAGCAUUAUUGCAGCUGCCAUUAUUUAAAGACAAUUUAAGUAGUUAUCAAAUAGCACCUAAUGAAAAAUCGUCAGUGUUGCUCUUACGUAUGCCAUUAGAACAAAUUUAUUAUUGGUGGCAAUUGGCCGGUGGCGAUGUGCAAGCUGACCUUAAAAAAGAGGGACUGAUACGUAGCGAAGCACCAAUUCUUUCGAUACCGCAGGUUGUUUGUUUAAAUGGUAACAUAAUUGGUCCAAAACGUAGCCAAUCAUAUUUAAUGGACGAUCGUGUGGUACCACUCAAACUGCAAAACCUAAUUGAACGGUUAAAAGGCCUACCAGCCACGGCUUAUUAUCCGCUUAUUCAUUGUCCAAAAUUUCCUUAUAUCUUUGGAGUUGGUAUGGAUCAGCUACCAUUGGUAAUACGUGAAAAAGAUAUUGAAUAUCAAUUUUAUAGAGUAAGGCUCUUCUCCAAGCUAUUGACGGGUUAUCCUUACACGGCAGACUUAAUACGCAAUGAAGCUGCAAUUGACAUACCACCGCUAUUAAGAGGCCCAAUAUGGUCUUGUCUUUUAGAUGUCAUACCAAAUGGUAGUUACAAGAAAAUCGAUAAAUUUACACCCACCUCAACGGAUCGUCAGAUUGAAGUUGAUAUUCCGCGCUGCCAUCAGUACGAUGAAUUGCUUUCUUCGCCAGAAGGUCAUCGUAAAUUGAAACGCCUAUUGAAAGCCUGGGUUACUGCGCACCCACAGUAUGUAUACUGGCAGGGCUUGGAUUCCUUGACAGCACCUUUCCUAUAUCUAAAUUUCAAUAAUGAGGAAUUGGCUUUUUUGAGCGUAUUUAAAUUUAUAGCGCGUUACCUGCAGUGGUUCUUCUUAAAGGACAACUCCGCCGUAAUUAAGGAGUAUUUGUGUAAAUUUAAGCAACUGACGGCAUUCCAUGAGCCCGUAUUGGCACAACAUUUAGUAAGCAUUUGUUUUAUACCAGAACUGUUUGCCAUACCGUGGUUUUUAACCAUGUUUUCGCAUGUUUUUCCAUUACAUAAAAUUUUGCAUUUAUGGGACAAACUUAUGCUUGGUGAUAACUCUUAUCCGCUUUUCAUUGGUAUCGCAAUAUUGAAACAAUUGAAAAGCACUUUAUUGGCUUCAGGUUUUAAUGAAUGCAUUUUGCUCUUCUCCGAUUUACCAGACAUUGUAAUGGAAAAUUGCGUUGUCGAAUCUCAAAAAAUGUACGAAAUUACUCCCAAGAGUAUAGCGCACCGUUUUUAUGUUAAUAGAGAUCACGAAUUGGGACCAUUUGACAUUACAUCCGAUAUUACACUGGCUGAUCUGCAAGAAGAAAUGUGCCCUCACAUUAGUGCGAAUGAUUUAACUUACAUGUUACGCAAUACACCCGAAAAAAUGCUAAUAUUAGACAUACGCAAUAUUUCAGAUUUUAAUCGUGUGCAUUUACCUCAUAGCAUUAAUAUACCGUACGUGUCCCUGCAAUUUGGAGACAAAUCGUUAGACUUUCUAAAUGUACCGCAACUACAAGAGAAACUUCAAGGUAAAAUCAUCAUUUGCAUAAGCAAUAUACAUGAAAAUGCAGUUAAGUUUUCAAAAUUUCUGGUGGAAUGUGGUGUUUCACAAGUUUGCGUAUUACAUAAGGGUUUUAACAUUUUACAUUGUAUUGAACCAAAUAUUUUAAUUUCAAAUUAA